CUCGGUCGGGGUUGCGAGUUUGCGGGGUCCCGUGCGGCGGGAAUAAAGCUUCGUCUGCCUGGACUGGUCCUCUGCACUUCGGCUCUGGCAGCCCAGUCCCAAACCCCCAGUCCCAAGAGCAGGCACAGCUCGGCUCUCCAGCUCCGCUGUUGAGAGCGCGUCCGGGUCUCUCACUGUGGUCGGCGUGCCCCCCCAUCCCCCCGCUGGAGCCCUCUCUAACCCAGUCCAGCCGGGCCCCGGGAGCCGGGCACCCCGGGUCGUCCCUGUCGCGCCCCUCACCAUGUUCCGAAGACUGUGGCCUUUUUCUGCCUGCCUCCUGGUGUUCUGCACCCUCCUGCCCCAGAGCCCAGGUCUCAACAUCUGUACAAGUGGGAGUGCUACCUCCUGUGAAGAGUGUCUGCUUAUCAACCCAGAAUGUGCUUGGUGUUCCAAGGAGGAUUUUGGCAACCUGAGGUCAGUCACCUCGCGGUGUGAUCUGAGGGCAAAUCUCCUCCAAAAUGGUUGCGAAGGGGAAAUUGAGAGCCCAGAUAGCAGCAUCAUUGUCCUGAGGAAUCUUCCUCUGAGCACCAAGGGCUCCAGCCCUUCUCAGGCAGAUGUCAUUCAGAUGACACCCCAGAAGAUUGCCAUGAAUCUUCGGCCUGGUGUUAAGACCCCCUUCCGAGUCCAGGUGCGACAGGUGGAGGAUUACCCUGUGGACCUGUACUAUUUGAUGGACCUCUCUCUGUCCAUGAAGGAUGACUUGGACACAAUCCGGAAUCUGGGCACCAAGCUGGCUGAGGAGAUGAGGAAACUCACCAGCAACUUCCGUUUGGGUUUUGGAUCCUUUGUUGACAAAAACAUCUCCCCCUUUUCCUAUACUGCACCAAGAUACCAAACCAACCCAUGCAUUGGUUACAAGUUGUUUCCACACUGCGUCCCGUCCUUUGGCUUCCGCCAUCUGCUGUCUUUAACGGAUAAAGUCGAUAGCUUCAAUGAAGAAGUUAAAAAACAGAGGGUGUCCAGAAACAGAGAUGCUCCUGAAGGAGGCUUUGAUGCAAUUCUCCAGGCAGCUGUAUGCAAGGAGAAGAUUGGUUGGCGGAAGGAAGCUUUGCACUUGCUUGUGUUUACAUCAGAUGACGUGCCACACAUUGCCCUGGAUGGCAAAUUGGGAGGCCUGGUACAGCCGCAUGAUGGCCAAUGCCAUCUGAAUGAGGCCAAUGAAUAUACCGCAUCCAAGCAGAUGGACUAUCCAUCGCUUGCUCUUCUUGGAGAGAAAUUGGCAGAGAACAACAUCCACUUGAUAUUUGCUGUGACAAAGAACCAUUACAUGCUAUACAAGAAUUUUACAGCAUUAAUACCUGGAACUACUGUGGAGAUUCUACAUGCUGACUCCAGAAAUAUCAUCCAGUUGAUUGUUAAUGCAUACAAUAGCAUCAGAUCCAAAGUGGAGCUGUCCGUCUGGGAUAAUCCUGAGGAUCUUGGCCUCACCUUCAUAGCCACCUGCCAAGAUGGUUUGUCCUAUCCAGGUCAGAGGAAAUGCGGAGACCUAAAAAUUGGUGACACAGUAUCAUUUGAGGUGUCCGUAGAAGCCCGAAGUUGCCCUUCCAAAGACACCGAGCACACGUUCACCCUGAGACCAGUUGGCUUCCGGGACACCCUGGAGCUCGUGGUGACCUACAACUGCUUGUGCAGCUGCACCAAUAUGACUGAGCAGGACAGCCCUCGGUGCAGCGGGAAUGGGACUUACACCUGUGGCACCUGCGAGUGCUACCAGGGCCACCUGGGCUCCAGGUGUGAGUGUCAGGAGGGAGAAAACCGGGACCUCUACCAAAAUCUGUGCCGUGAGAUGGAGGGCAAGCCCCUGUGCAGUGGGCGGGGGGAAUGCAGCUGCAACCAGUGCUCCUGCUACGAGAGUGAGUUUGGGAAGAUCUACGGGCCCUUCUGCGAGUGUGACAACUUUUCCUGCGCCAGAAAUAAGGGAGUCCUCUGUUCAGGUCACGGGGAAUGCCACUGUGGGGAGUGCAAAUGCCAUGCUGGCUACAUCGGGGACAACUGUAACUGCUCUACAGAGACCGAAACAUGUCUAUCCAACGAUGGCCAGAUCUGCAGUGGACGAGGGUAUUGCUCGUGUGGGCGGUGCCAUUGCACAAAGCCUGGGGCCUUCGGAGAGAUGUGCGAGAAGUGUCCAACCUGCCCAGACGCCUGCAGCACAAAGAGAGAUUGUGUGGAGUGUAUGUUAUUUAACUCAGGGAGGCUGGCUGACAACCAGACAUGCCAAAAGCAUUGCAGGGAUGAAGUCAUCACCCGGGUGGACUCAAUCACAAAAGAUGACCCGGAAGCUGUCCUGUGUUUCUACAAAACCGCCAAGGACUGCGUCAUGAUGUUCACUUACUCUGAGCUACCCAGUGGCAAGUCCAAACUCAUGGUCCUCAAGGAGCCAGAGUGUGGUUCUGCACCCAGCGCAAUGACAAUCCUGUUGGCAGUGGUGGGCAGUAUUCUUCUGGUUGGCAUCGCCCUCCUUGCCAUUUGGAAGCUACUCGUCACCAUACAUGACCGAAGGGAAUUUGCAAAGUUCCAGAGUGAACGUUCCAGAGCAAGAUACGAAAUGGCUUCCAACCCUCUGUAUAGAAAGCCAAUAUCUACCCACACUGUGGAUUUCACCUUUAACAAGCUCAACAAAUCCUACAAUGGUACCGUGGACUGAUGUCAUUCAUCUGAAGAGGGAUUGGGGGGACUUUUCUUUUCUUUUUUCUUUUUGGAAAAAAUUUCCAAGACUGGAAUGAUGUAGACAAGUGCUUGACUGUAUUACUGCUCCUUAAGUAGGAAUUGAUGAACAAUCCUUUAAAGCGGGCUUGGACAAGAAGCCUUUUGUCUGGGUAGGAAGGGGCACCUGGUUACGCCAUCCUUUGCACAGGCUGGAGCCAGGCCAGACUUGCCACCUACCUACCUGGGCCCAGAAGAGGUAUGUGAAGGGGGAGGAAGGGAAGGGAUGGGGAAUGCUGGAGGGCCUUGGCACCUCCUUGCUUUUUCCAGUUUGCUAAGUGACCUGAACUUCAGAAAAAAACAUGUGACUUGAAGGAAGUCUACCCCGAUAUCUUCCAGGGCAGAAGGGAAGGUUGUUUGGAACCAAUUGUGCGUGACUAUAACCAACAAUGGAGUCAAGAAGUCUGGAUGUCUUAGAGUUGGUCGUUUUUAUAUUAAAAAAAAAAUUCCUGAGCAUUUAUGGUUUUGCCCUGAUGACUCCUCCCUCCCCGUUGGCUGUGCAGCAAUCUUUUUGGUAAAAAUGCUUUGAUUCUUGGCUUCUGUAAGGGAGUAGAAAUCGAAUACUCAAAUCCUCCUCACCCCCUCCACGUUUGGUACUUUGGUGAUGAAAAGGAGGGGAAUGUCUCCAGGUAUUAAAUAUUAAAACCAAAAAGAAAUUGGA